UUUAGUAUUAAUGAAUACCUUAACCAUGAAAACCUAGUUCCUUUUGUGUGACGUCAAAGUGAAGACAUGGAUAUAAAUAUGGGGUGAUGUGUUCUCGUGUAACGAUGGCUGACUAAACUAAACUAACCUUCCAAUCUAGCUUUCACCACUUCUCAUAUUAGAUUCAUCCAGCUACCUCUAUAUUACUAUUCAAUGUCAUAAUCGAACAUGGCAAGCCCGCAUGUAAAACAGGAUCUCCUUGAACUGGGCAAGAAGCUUGUGGAGGAAGGACCCGUCAAGACUCUCCCCACAUCCCGCCGAAUACGGAUCCUGUUCGAUGGCGAGUAUAUCGUUGAUACGACGUCUGCGCUAUACGUCUGGGAACAUGAGUACUACCCGUACUACUACGUACCGCGGAACUCCAUCCAGGCAAGCCUGCGCAUACUACUUCCGCAGUCCCCGUCCCCGUUCUGGACGGCCAGGGUGUCCGGCGUGACGCGAUCUACGGACCGCGUUCUCGUCUUCGGAGACGACGUCGGCCAACGCGCCAAGGUCUUGGAGAAUAUGGUGCGCGUCGAGUUCGGCGCGGCAGACGCCUGGUUCGAGGAGGACGUGCCCAUCUACGUGCAUCCGAAGGAUCCGUUCCGGCGCGUGGACGUACUGCACUCCUUGCGACCGCUCGAAGUCCGUGUUGCGGGCCAGCUGGUUGCGAAUACGAAUUCUUCUUACCACUUAUACGAGACGGGACUGCCGUGCCGGUACUAUAUACCCGCCACGGCGGUGGAGCGCAAUUUACUGAGGGAGAGCGAAACGACGACAGCUUGUCCGUACAAGGGCGUGGCGAACUACUAUAGUAUCGAGCUUACGGAUCGUGGUCUUGAAAAGUCGAAAUUUGAGGAUCUGGUGUGGUACUACAGGACUCCGACUCUCGAGUGUGCGAAUAUUGCCGGGUGUCUGUGUUUCUACCAUGAGAAGGAAGGGGUUGAAAUUAAGCUUGACGGAAAAAUGUUGGAGCAACCAAAGACUCCUUGGUCUUGAGCGACGGCAAUUUUUCUAUUCGUUUCUGGAAAAAAAGGAGUCCUAAAGGGUCAUGUAUGGCUGCUAAUGAGGAUCUCACACGAAUCAAGUUCUUCGUCUUGAGAGAUCUGCUACCUCAACUUCAUAAGGUCGUAUUCCUUACCUAAAAGUGUUUUUCAAAAGGACGAUGAGCACGCAAACUUUCAAUAUCAAAUGAAUAUUAUAGGUGGACUUUUACAGAACGGGAUCUUUCUGCGUGCCGCAUACUUGGAGACCUCAUCGAUUAGAAUCGCGGAUGUAAAAGUCUUCAAAAGAUUAUAUAAAUCGAAAAGGGCAUCUACGCUGUAGUGAAACACUAUUUAGCGAGAUAUUCCACUAAUGAGCUGGUAUGGAACGUAUAGUGGUCGGCGAAGUCCAUCAGCCAAGGCUAAGCAUUUAAGAAGUCAGAUGUUCGACCGAACUUAGAUAAUA